GCUGCUGCUGCUGCUGCUGCUGCUCUGGGAGGCUUUCACGCCCUUCCUCUGCCUCGCUCGGCUUCUCUCAGCCAGAGAGCCAGCCCGUCCUCCCUCAUCCGCUGCAGCCGAGGCGGCCUGCCUGCCUCGCUUCUCCUCCUCCUCCUCCUCCUCCUCCUCCACGCCUGGAGGCGGCCUUCCUUCUCCGCCUCCUCUCUCCCCGCACAUUCCCACAGACAACGAGGACCCUUGGAGGGGAGCUCGGCCUCGGCGGACAACUAACUUUGCUGCGGGCCGGCUCCUCCUCACUCUGCCCCUCUUUCUCUCCCUCUUUCUCUCUCUUUCUCCGAUUCCCGGGGCGGAGGGAAGUUGUCCAUGAGCGCCCCGCCGGUCAUCCGGCCGCCCAGCCCCUCUCCGCCGGGCUCAGGCGGCAGCGUCGGAGGAGGAGGAGGCGGCAUCUCUUUCCACCUCCAGAUCGGCCUCAGCCGGGAGCCCGUGCUCUUGUUCCAGGACUCUUCGGGGGAGUUCAGCCUGGCCCACGUCCGGGAAAUGGCCUGCUCCAUCGUCGACCAGAAGUUUCCUGAGUGUGGUUUCUAUGGAAUGUAUGAUAAAAUCCUGCUUUUUCGACAUGACCCGACCACUGAAAAUAUUCUCCAGCUCGUCAAAGCAGCUAGUGAUAUCCAAGAAGGUGACCUUAUUGAAGUUGUCUUAUCAGCGUCUGCAACAUUUGAAGAUUUUCAGAUUCGACCACAUGCUCUCUUUGUGCAUUCAUACAGAGCACCAGCAUUCUGUGACCACUGUGGAGAAAUGCUUUGGGGUCUUGUACGUCAAGGACUUAAAUGCGAGGGGUGUGGGUUAAACUAUCAUAAGAGAUGUGCAUUUAAAAUCCCAAACAACUGCAGCUGUGUUCGGAAAAGACGGCUUUCGAAUGUUUCCUUAACAGGGCUCAGUAACAUCAGAACAGUGUCUGCAGAACCCUCACCUACUUCAGAUGAAGCUCUCCUGAUUCCUACAAGCCCUAGCUUUGAGCAAAAAUCACCACCUGAGACAUUUGGGAGAGAGAAGCGAUCUAAUUCACAGUCUUACAUUGGGCGCCCUAUUCAGCUGGACAAGAUUUUGCUUUCCAAGGUUAAAGUACCUCAUACAUUUGUGAUCCAUUCAUAUACACGGCCAACAGUUUGCCAGUACUGUAAGAAGCUACUUAAAGGACUUUUUAGACAGGGUGUACAGUGCAAAGAUUGCAGAUUCAACUGUCACAAACGCUGUGCACCUAAAGUGCCAAAUAAUUGCCUUGGGGAAGUGGCCAUUAAUGGAGAUCUGCUUACUCCUGGUGCUGAGUCUGAUGUGGUCAUGGAAGAGGGAAGUGAUGACAAUGACAGUGAAAGAAACAGUGGGCUCUUAGAUGAAAUGGAAGAAUCUAUGGUCCAUGAUGCAGAGAUGUCUAUCAUGAGCCCAAAUGACAAUGGAGAAAUGCAAGAUUGUGAUCUCGAUCAUGAUGAAAGUAACAGAAUGAUUAGCCCUUCAACAAGUAACAACAUCCCAUUAAUGAGAGUGGUACAAUCUGUCAAACAUACAAAAAGGAGAAGCAGUGCAGUAAUGAAAGAGGGAUGGAUGGUUCACUACACAAGCAAAGACACUCUGAGGAAACGGCACUACUGGAGAUUGGACAGCAAAUGUAUUACACUUUUCCAGAAUGAUACUGGAAGCAAAUACUACAAGGAAAUUCCAUUGUCUGAAAUUUUAUCCCUGGAACCUGCAAAAACCUUCGAUUUAUUACCACAGGAAGCAAAUCACCAUUGCUUUGAAAUUACCACAGCAAAUGUAGUCUACUAUGUUGGGGAAAAUGUGGAAAACCUGCCAAGUGUUUCAUCUAACAACAAUAUUCUGGCAAGUGGUUGUGGCCAAGAUGUAGCAAGGUUGUGGGAAAUGGCCAUCCAGCAUGCCCUCAUGCCUGUUAUCUCCAAAGGAGCAUCCACUGGUUCAGGACCAAACUUGCACAGAAAUAUAUCCAUCAGUAUUUCAGUAUCAAAUUGUCAGGUCCAAGAAAAUGUGGAUAUCAGUACAGUGUACCAAAUCUUUCCAGAUGAGGUGCUGGGAUCAGGACAGUUUGGAAUUGUUUAUGGAGGAAAACAUCGCAAAACGGGAAGAGAUGUAGCAAUUAAAAUCAUUGACAAACUGAGAUUUCCAACUAAGCAAGAAAGCCAACUUCGUAAUGAGGUUGCAAUUUUACAGAACCUGCAUCAUCUGGGGGUUGUAAAUCUGGAAUGCAUGUUUGAGACACCAGAAAGAGUGUUUGUUGUUAUGGAGAAGCUCCAUGGAGAUAUGUUGGAGAUGAUCUUGUCAAGUGAAAAAGGAAGGUUGCCAGAGCGAAUAACCAAGUUCUUAAUUACACAGAUCCUUGUUGCCUUGAGACAUCUUCAUUUUAAAAACAUUGUUCAUUGUGAUCUCAAACCAGAAAAUGUAUUGUUGGCAUCUGCUGAUCCUUUUCCACAAGUGAAACUUUGCGACUUUGGUUUUGCCCGGAUCAUUGGAGAGAAAUCAUUCAGACGCUCAGUUGUGGGUACACCAGCCUACCUUGCUCCUGAAGUCCUCAGAAACAAAGGAUACAAUAGGUCAUUAGAUAUGUGGUCCGUGGGUGUCAUUAUCUAUGUCAGCCUUAGUGGUACAUUUCCAUUCAAUGAAGAUGAGGACAUUCAUGAUCAAAUCCAGAAUGCUGCUUUUAUGUACCCACCCAACCCCUGGAAGGAAAUCUCCCAUGAAGCUAUUGAUCUCAUAAAUAAUUUGUUGCAAGUGAAAAUGAGAAAGCGCUACAGUGUGGACAAGACAUUAAGCCACCCAUGGCUACAGGAUUACCAGACCUGGCUAGAUUUACGAGACCUUGAAAGUAAAAUAGGGGAACGUUACAUCACCCAUGAGAGCGAUGACUCGCGGUGGGAGCAGUAUGCAGGAGAAAAUGGCUUGCAGUAUCCAGCACACCUUAUCAGUUCAAGUGCUAACCGCAGUGAAAAUCCUGAGCCAGAGGAAGCAGAGUUGAAAGCCCUCAGUGAGCGUAACUGCCAUUAUUUUCUGUCAGAUGGGAACAAAGCUGUUACACUGUUACCACCAUUGAUGUAUGGGAGUUGCCAAGACAAAUCAACAGAAGCAUUUUUUAAAAAAUUGUGCGUGAGCAACUGUGUUAUGUUAACAAAAAAGUUCUCAGAAACACUCAACCUGUUGUUGUGGAUGAUUCCUGUUGUAUGCUGAGCAUUCAGGCCUGUUUCUACCGUGCCUUUUCAGACAAGUUUUUCCUUUAAUCAAGUCUCAUUUUGCAAGACAAAGCAUCUCCAGGCAAAUCUCUGUUUUUGUGUGCAUUAUUAAUUAGUAUUGUAAUUGUUUGCAAACUCUUGAAGAGUAGAUUACUACUGCUGUUCUGUGAACAACUUUUAACAUUUUCAAUAAAAGUGGGGGGGGGGGGUUAUGUUUUUGGUUUUGCUGUGAAAAAAAUACAUUGAGAUAUUGCAUGGGGAAAAUUAGGGAAAAACACAGAAUUGUCCAGGUGCAGACCAGAGGCUACUCUGUGAUGAGCAUUUAUAUGAAUGCACUGGCUAAUAAAUCAUAUUGCACAGUUAUGGAAGGGGCAACGUUUUAAAACCUUAAUGCCUUAGUAACGUUAACUGCAGCCCUUAUUGGUAGUUUAUUCCUGAUUCUUACAAUCUUCUGUAGCAUGGACAUUUGGAAGCUAAAAAUCAUGUUACCUUUAUGUAUGUUUUGAAUAAAACUUUGCUGAAAAUA